CUGCAAGCAACUUUGAGAUCAAGAUUAGAUUACUGAUUGUGAUUACUACUAAAACCAUAGUUAUGCUAAAACUAAAUAAAUAUGUCAUGUCACUGUCAGUGGUCAUUCGAAUAUUCUGAUGAGAAAUUGAAAUUAGUAGAUACGUGAUUGUGCAAGUUUUUAGGCUAAUACACAUCUAUGUUGUGUAUUUUCUUUUAUCAAAUGAUGUCUGAGGAACUUUAGAGAUUCAAGAAACUCACCGACAUUUCGGCCUUGAUACAGAGUGCCAUCUUCAGGGCGACUUGACUCCACACAGAUGAAAAAUCAAGUGACUUGAUAGUAAUACUCAUCUGGUAUCGUUCGAUAACGAAACGAGGAAAGUCCUACAAACAUAUUUAUGUAACCCAACCUAACAUAACUGCCGCAGCGCACUGUAUAAGGGUGGCCUCCAGAUAAUAGGUUUACUGCGACUUAUGAUAAAGCCUUCAACAACAAGUAUAUUUUUGAUCACUCAUCGUUUAAUGUCAGCGAUGGCUAGCAACAUUGUGAACAGUGAGGUGAUCAAACAUUGCAAGCCUUUGAUCCCUGAACUCUCUUACUCCAAGCACAAAGGAGAAAGUGGAAGGAUUGGAGUUUUUGGAGGAUCUAAAGACUUCACAGGAGCUCCUUAUUACGCAGGAAUGAGUGCGUUGCGAACUGGAGCAGACCUAGUUUUCGUCUUCUGCGUCCACGCUGCUGCUCAGCCAAUCAAGUCAUACAGCCCAGAAUUAAUGGUGGUCCCGUUUUUGGACGUUGAUAUGCCUAAAGAAGAAGAAAACAGUUGGUUGAAAAAGCUGCACGCAGGGAUCAUAGGACCAGGUCUCGGGAGGGAUCCUGAUGUAAUGACACGAAUCAAAACAUUGAUACCAAGUUUAAAAAGUGCAAACAUUCCUUUAGUGUUUGAUGCUGAUGGUCUUUUCUUUUUAUCAGAGAACCCAACAGUUUUGAAAGACUACUCGAACGAUAUUUACCUUACUCCAAACGCUCAUGAAUUCAGCCUACUUUGCGAUGCGGUGCUAAAAGGUGAAGACAUAACUGUUGCGGAUUAUGAAGUUACAGGCAAAUUGCUAUCAAAAGCCAUCGGACCACGUGUGACUGUUGUGAUUAAAGGUGAGCGGGACAUAAUUGUUCGAGGUGAUUCGAUUUUAAACUACGAAAAUACAAAAGGAUCUCCUCGAAGAUGCGGUGGACAGGGAGAUGUGCUCAGUGGUUGUCUUGGGACUUUUGCCUACUGGGCCACAAAGGCUGACCAGAAAGAAGGAAUGGACGCUCCCCAACUAUAUGCAGCUCUCGCAGCCACUACCAUCGUCAAGGUUUGUAAUCGGAUCGCUUUUGAGGACAAAGGACGAGGUAUGUUGACAACCGACAUUUUGCAAAAGCUUCCACUAGUUUUUGACAACUUGUUCGACGAUAAGUGGAAAUAUUUGAUAGAUCAAAAUAAAUUGUUAUUGAAUAAAAAGUAAAAUGAGCAUAGCUUGUGUCGCUUUGUUACAGAAACAAUCUAGGAUCAAAAAUGAGUUAAUAAUACAUGAAUUGCAUUACUUAGAAUUUCACUACCUAUUCAACAGUUAUUAGGUCAAGUUUCUUUUUGAUCCAAUAAUAAUAAUACCUUUGUAGUUACCAUUACAAAGAUCUUGCCAAGUAUAGGCCCUAGUAAAAUAAUAGGAAUGCUUGCGUCUCGUGUAAGUCUACCAGUAAUAAUUAAUUAUAAAGUAAUCUUCCACUGUCUUUAAUCGUUUUCAAUAGAAUAUCUUUCAUUCCCCAAAAGUAUUUAGCUAUCCAUCAGUUAUUAAGCGGACAACAGCAUUCAACUAAUUAAAACAUAUAGCCUAAAACUUUCACUUUUAAAUGUGUUUUCAACAUACUGUACCUUGAUAAUAAUAUAUUUAGGACCAAUUUUACUGUCUUAAAACUAAUUAAAUUUGAUUUGCUAUUAAUAUUUGGUUUGGAUGAAUAAUAAUUCUUUCCUCAGCUUCUUCAAGCCACAUCCAAACUGAAGCAAAGGCUACCUUACAGUUGUUUACUUAAGUAAAGGAGCAUUUAUUUUGUAUUUUUCUAUCUUUAAACUACUUUAGAACUAGAACCUAUUAGAUCUGGUGCCAAAUAUAGUUGUAAGGGAGUUGUCUAUUACUAAUUGUCUUUUUGAAAUAAAAUUAUGGUUAUCAGUA